AUGCAGAACGCAGAAAUUUUGGAAAAUUUCGAGGAGUUGAAAAAAAAUAUGGCAGAAACUAGUCUGACAAACGGUUUAGUGAUACAAGACUUAGAAAAUACAAUCAGGAAUUUAGAAGCAGACGUCACAGCAAAAGAACGAAUAAUAUUGGAGAAAAGUGAGGCUAACAAUAUGUUAUGGGAAAAAAUAAAAGCGCUAGAAACAAAAGAGGAAAAUUUAACGAGUCAAGCGACGAAUAUGGAAAUAGAUAACAAGACGCAGAAAAAGAAAAAACGCCCAACAAAAAGAGAAAAAAGGCGCGAUCAAUUGCUAAAACUGGAACGAUCACCGACAUGUGAUGACGAGAUUUUAGGAUUAUUAAACGCAAAUGUGGGAGUAGUUGAAUUUAUUAGUUUUAAACGUUGUCAUAAAAAAUUUAAGGAAAAGUUCCGUUGGCAAGCGAUUAAAAGACUAGAAGACGACGUGCAGAACGAUGAUAUAUUGGUUAUAAAAGAUAUGGUAACAGAUUUAAUGUCGGCAAUUAAUAAAUCGAUAGAGAAGUUCAAUACAGAAAGUGGAUUAUGGAUCAAGAAAGAAAAUGAUUACAUCAACGAAAAAGGUGAAUUACAAGAAGUCGAUAGAAGAUAUACCUACAAGAAAAACGUCUCAAGAUCAAAUGGUUUUCGUGGAGAGUGGGAUCAACAAGGUUUUUCACAUGUAUAUCCCGCUCGUUCUAGAAGACACAAUCAAACGUAUUAA